UCGACCACGCCUUCAUCUUUUCCUCCAUCCACACUCUCCCGCGAAAACUUCAUCACUAUCUUCUUUCUACUAAAGCUACUUGACAUCUCACGAUCGUCAAAUCUCCCUAUCCACUUCAGAUAAGAUGGCUGGCUUCGAAGAAGGCGAUAGCAAGAAGGGUGCCAACCUCUUCAAGACUCGAUGUGCUCAGUGCCACACUCUGAAGGAGGGCGAGGGCAACAAGAUUGGUCCAAACCUGCACGGCCUUUUCGGCCGCAAGACUGGCCAGGUCGAAGGCUUCUCAUACACCGAUGCGAACAAGCAGAAGGGCAUCACAUGGGAUGAGGGAACUCUCUUCGAGUACCUAGAAAACCCAAAGAAGUACAUCCCAGGCACCAAGAUGGCUUUCGGUGGUCUGAAGAAGGCCAAGGAUCGAAAUGAUCUCAUUACUUUCCUCCGCGAGGAGACCAAGUAAACAUCUCGACGUCAACAGUAGCGGACGGGUGUAUGUAAGGUUAGGGUGGGAGCGGUAAUAGGAAGAAUGAGCUUGCACGGUGCCUUUGAGUGUUAGCGGGAUGAUGUCGAUCUGUACAUUACGAAAGCGUGUGCCAGCAUCCGACUUGGCAUAAUGCAUCGCGCAUUUGUUCUCCUUUUUCAUGAAUCUCCGCUUUGAUAGACAAACAUGUGGUUCGGACUUCUGGCUUGCUUUUUGGCUAGUUAUUUGUGCGAUAGAAGUCAAAAAGUGUGUCAAACGGUCACAAGAUUCCUUUUCAA